AUGCAAGUGGAUCCAAAUAAUCAAGCAGAAUCUGAACAAGAAUGUGAUGAAGAGUUAGAGGCAAAAUUAGCACACUUUUUUGAAUUGAAGGAUAAAGGAGUUCAUUUUAAUGAUCAUUUAUUAAAAAACAAAGCAUUUAGAAAUCCACAUAUAUAUGAUAAAUUAGUUGAAUUUGUCCAUUUGGAUGAAAUAGGAUCUAAUUUUGAUAGAGAAGUAUAUGAUCCAUAUGGGUUUCCAGCGGAAGCAUACGCAGAUCAACUCGGUAAAUUCAUGCACAGUUUUGUAUAA